AGUUAUCGAAAAUGUUGCGUGGACGAAGGAUCGAGAAGAACUGUUAAACAGAUACUCAUUGCUUCCUUGAAUUAACGUCGCGACGUUCUCUGCCCUCCCUUGCCCGUCCCUUCCUGCCGGUUUCUUUUCCGCAAAUCCGACGUCUGCUUAUCCUUUUUUCCCUCCGUGUGACAACGACCUUCCCGCAGACUUCCGUUUUGUUUGUUUUUUCUCUACAUUGUGUUUUUGGGAGUGGCUCUUCUCGAUUUUCGUCCAGUGCGAGACUCACCUUCCUUCAUUUUUCCUCCGGUGUGCUGACGGGGUACGGGUCUGGCUCACCCGCCGCCGGCAUUUCAUCCCCACUGUGAACGCUGUUUCGCGUUCCGCGCUCCUACCUUUGCUUCCGUCCGCCUUUUGUUCUCGAACUUUUCUUUUGUCACAAAUACGAACUGUCUUCUGUGCACAGUUGCCGUGUUCACUCACAUUUUCCCCGUCGUUCCCACUAGGUGUCGAGGCGACCUCUCAUCUUCCGCGUACGCGACUCAUUGCCACCGCGCUCCACCGCCUCUGCCACCAGAGCACCUCAAAAGCGGUCCGGAGGAACUGUGUUUGGCCCUCGCGUUUCGGUUCGCUUGUUGAAAGGAGAGGAACCGACUUCUGUUGCCGUAGCUUCGCGGUCCGGUCGACGCCUUCUUUGUCAGGGACCGCCGGCCACCAGGGUCUCACAUCGACCUUCCCGAGUACAUGCGAACCUCUGCGCAUAUGUGUUGAUGUACAUGUACCUGUGCAUGUGCCGUUCAUACCUUCCUCCUUUCAGGCGUAUGAAGCCGCUGUCGCCGACGUCCAAACAGGGCUGUGGGAAAGAAAGAGGGUCGUUCUGCGAGCUUCGAGCACGAGUCCCCUCUGUCUCAUUUUAUUCAGUGUCACUCCAGAAUUACGAGAGCGUUUCUCUCAUAUCUCUUCACCGUUUUCACUAGAUCCGGUGGAGACGGCUACUUCUCAGUUGGCGCUCAUUCUCGACCGUGGCUGAAGUCCUGGGUUUGAGUUUUGAGGCUCUUUUAUGUCACAUCGUGGUCAUCGUCUUUGUGCGUCCAGGACCCAUCACAUUUGGCCGGUCGUCAGAAGUUGGGUCUUUCCUGUUGUCUCCAGAGGUCCACUUUUCGUGGAGACGUUCUGCAGGCCUCGUUGCAUCCUCGCCAACCUGGUCGAAGAAAGCCACAGUCUUUCUUCGCCUUCUGUCACUUUCACGGUCUACAUCCAUUUGUCGCCCGUAGCCUCCUUCUUUCCCCGUAGUUCGCAAGGAAGUCGUUGUCACAAGGGUGCUCGUGUUUCUUUGCACUGCGUUUUCUCUCCGGUCUUGGGAAAGGACCUUGCCCUCACGCCGUUGCAUCUGGCAAAAACACCGCUGGCCUCUGUCGCUCUCGCGCCUGCAGAUUGUCGUUGUCGAGCAUCCGCGCGGGAUUCCUCUGGCCUUCUGCCCCACCUGCCUCGGUCCGCCCCGUUCAGCCGCGCCGGCGAGAGCACCAGGUUUCUCUCUGUCGUUCCAAGCCGUGGACUUUUGUGUGACCGAAAAGACGCGAGCUCAGAGAUGGCGGGCGCCGUAGCGAAGAAGAAUCUUUUCUCUGUCUUGACAGAGGAGGAGGAGGUGAUGAAGAAACUGGAUCGCCAGGAGCGAAGGCGACAACGAAAACAGGAACGCGAACAGGCGCGGGCCGCGGCUGAGGCCGAACGCGCUCAGCAGCUGGCAGCAACGCCCGCGAGUGCUCGCGUCGGCAGUGGGAGGUGGGCAGACUUCAGUGAAGACGAUGAAGACUACGACUUCAUGCAGCCUGGAGUGGCGGUAAACGGCGACCGAAAGCCGCGCUCUGGAAAAGACACCGAGGAUGCCUUCUACACAACUGAAAGUGAAAGCGAGACGGAUAGCGAAGAAGAAGAAGAGCAAGAGGCAGAGGCCAGCUCGAGCAGCGACAGUGAGGACGAAACCAAUGUCCAGCGACGACCGGAACCCGCGACUCCGACGAGAAAUAAACCAGGACAUGAAGGAGACGCUGCGCCUCAUGCGGCGAAGUUACUUUCCAGGAAGGAGAGAAAGCAGCGCGAGUUGGCCGAGCUGGAUGCGCUUUUCAACGAAAUGCACAUCGCACCUUCUCCUGGGAGCGAGAAGGAACCGCAAGCGGCGUCGCGGGGAGGAAACGACGGCGUUGCAAGGAGGCAGGCAAACGGCGUGGGGAGAGCAGAAGAGGAGACGCAAGGAGGAGGGGCGUCUGAAGCGGCGAAGAAGAAAAAGAAGAAGAAAAAGCCUACCGGAUCUGCAGGUGCGACUUCUCCCCAGGCUGGAGAAGGAGCAACGCAGGCGAACAACUCCGAUGACGAGAAAGAAGACAGCCCCAAAAGCGAGGACUGCCCAAGGCGACCAGGAACCGUCAAGCCCCCAGGGGUGCCGGCGGGAAUGCGGAGAAAGGCCGGCGCUGGCGCAGGUCGGGGCUCGACUGCGGACGAGGCACGACGUCUGGCCGCUCUCGAGGAAGAGAAAAAGAAAGCGGCUGCGAAGAAGGAAAAGAAGGCAAAGCUCUACUUCCCGAAGAACCAGUAAACCUGAAGAAAACGAAUGACAGCGCGCGCGCGCAUUUACAUAUAUACAUAUAUGUAUGCAUACGCAUACAUAUCUAUACAUAUCUAUAUCUAUAUAUAUCUAUAUCUAUAUAUAUAUAUGUAUAUAUAUGUACGUAUGUAUGAUUGCGCCUAUGGGAAGAGAUCUACGUAGACUAGCAUGUGUGAAUUUAGGCCCACGCAUGCAUGCAUCUCUAUUGAAGGGAGAGGGGCACGAGACUAUGAAGGCCGCAGAGAUUCAGAGGCGUUGGAUGGGGGAGGGAAGAAACAGCAACGGACACACGUCAAUUAGAUGCUGGAGAGGUUGAUGCUUGUCGGGCUUUGCAUUUCUAUUUCAAAUGCUCCUUUUCUCUCGGCGCUUGGUCUUCUAGACGCCAUCUGACACUGGGGAGGUUUAGGUUUCGUAAAGGGGUCCGCCUGUCUCGGAACAUCGAAGAAGAGACGAGCCCAAACUGAAAGCCACCGGUGAAAGCCGCCGACAUGCAUUUGUGGCCUUGCAGUCUAUAGAUGCGCAGAAACGGUAUCUCUGUGCGUGCGCUCGAUUUCUGAGGAUUAACGUCUCACGCUUCGGCUUUCUGUGUAUCUCGAUGAUUCUGCAUCUUCAUGGAUUUGUGUGUAUACGGAUAUGCUUGCAUAUACAUCCGCAUGGCGCCUCCGUCGCGUACUUUGUCUACGGCAGUUCGCAGGCUGGUGGCAGUUGGAGGCCGAGGAACGGCUGCUCCAACAUGUUUCGUCAACGUUUCGUUUUCCUUUUGUCGUUCGCGCUUCGUUGUUUUAGAAGGGAAAAGACCUCGCUGCAGGCCAGCCCACUUUCGUGUCGUGUUCUCCACCUUGCAUGCACACCAAACAUGUUGUUGGAGCUGCUGGACACUCUGCCGCCGUCAGGCAACGCUGAGUUCCCGAUCGCAAGCCGCGCCCCGUUUUUCCAAUGCACAGUUCUUUUCCUCUUUGCUCAUACGCGUUGCUCUGCGCGAAUCACUCCAGCCGCAAAAGCACACAGUAUUGUUUCAGAGAGGGACAGAGAAACGUGUAGGAAGUCGCAGCCGGCAACAAGCCGCGCUUGUCUCUCUGGGCGUGACCCAUGGCUUGGAGUAUGUUCCGCUCUGGUACGCCAGUGUGUCUACGCUCGUAUUGAACAGACCGCUCGACGGAUCCACUGGGAUGGCUAAUCGGCAAAUGCGCCUCUCUCGUGGUGUUGCUUGCGUGGCGGUGAUGGGAAAUGAGUUCCGAGGAGCUGUGGUACUUUGUUGAGAAAACAUUCUGAUGAGGACAAGCCGGCGGUAUCGCCGGUCGUGCAGCGGUGCCAACAGGCGCUCGCAGGUUGUCCUCGAAAACCCGCUGAAUGUUUCCGCUGUGGGGGAACAAUAGCACUCUCGGGGUGUUUUUUGGCGAAAAAGACAUGGUUCGAUUGACACCUAGGCCUCGUUUAAGUGUGGCUCUGUGGGUGCAUGCACGGUGACUGUGUCGUUUGUUUUUUGUGUAGCUUUCAACUUGUAGAGCCUCUGUUCCAGUUGCUUGGUGCUGCAUCGAAAUCGAGCUAAUAAUGUCUCGCC